UCUCCGCGCGCGCCCGAGCCGCUGGCCGCCCGCGCAGCCUGACGCGGAACCGGGGCACAGAGGGAGCCUGUGCAGGGCGGGCGCGGGGCGGCGGCGGCUGCCGUCCAUGCGGCGGCGCUCGGGGCUGCCCGGAGCCUGGAACCACGCGGGGGCGAGGCGAGGCGGCCGCUGGCCGCACCGGAGCGCGGACAACCAGGAGUUGAACACCGUUCCCACCUGCGGAAAACUGGCCACAUCUCUGAGGAGCCCUUGCUUUCCCCUGGACCCCCAGCAUCAUGUUACCCCAUUUCAUGGGGUCUGUCAGUGUCCUGGGUUCCCUCCUGCUGCUUGGAUUCCAGCUCGUCUGCCCACAGCCCUCCACUGAACACAGAAAGGUCCCGCAGAGGAUGGCGGCGGUGGAGGGGACCCCCGAGGACGGCGGCGGCGGCGCCCCGGGCGUAUGGGGUGCCUGGGGUCCCUGGUCCGCCUGCUCGCGCAGCUGCAGCGGCGGCGUGAUGGAGCAGACGCGGCCCUGCCUGCCCGGCUCGUACCGCGCGCUCGGCCAACCGCGGCCCGGCGUCCCCGCGCGUGCCUUCGCGGGCCACGUGGUGUCCGCCGUCCGCACCUCCGUGCCGCUGCACCGGAGCCGCGAGGAGCAGCGCGCUCUCUCCGGCCUCGACUCCAGCCGCCAGGGCCCCGCCGUGCCGCGCGGCAGUCGGCACCCGCAGGCCCGGAGCCGGGAACGCACAGCGGAAAGAAGGAGCAAGAGCCGAAGUCCCAUCGGCCCUGGGAAGUAUGGUUAUGGUAAGGCCCCGUACAUCUUACCACUGCAGACAGACACUGGACACCCGCCGCAGAGGCUUCGGAGGCAGAGGCCCUCACCCCGGCAUUCUAGGUCCCAGGGGGCUGCCAGUCCUAGGCAUGUCUACAGCCCCUCGGCCAACUGGGCCCCACAGCAUGGGACUCUGUACCAAAGCGACAACAGCCCUCCUUCUGGACUGCAGCCCUCAGAGGCCUCCAUCUACCAGCUGCCUUUGACCCAUGACCAGGGCUUCCCUGCAGCCUCAAGUCUCUUCCACAGUCCAGAAAUGAGCAGCAGCCAUGGCGUGGGGGCCCACAGGACAGCUCAGAGCUUCUCCCAGCCUGCCCGAUCAGCAAUCUCAUGCAUCGGGGCCUACAGGCAGUACAAGCUGUGCAACACCAACGUUUGUCCGGAAAGCAGUCGCAGUAUCCGGGAGGUUCAGUGUGCAUCGUACAACAACAAGCCGUUCAUGGGCCGGUUUUAUGAAUGGGAACCAUUUGCAGAAGUAAAGGGCAAUCGGAAGUGUGAGUUGAACUGCCAGGCCAUGGGCUACCGCUUCUAUGUUCGGCAAGCUGAGAAGGUCAUCGAUGGCACCCCCUGUGACCAGAACGGCACGGCCAUCUGUGUGUCCGGGCAGUGCAAGAGUAUUGGCUGUGACGACUACCUAGGCUCUGACAAAGUGGUGGACAAGUGCGGGGUGUGUGGAGGCGAUAACACCGGCUGUCAGGUUGUGUCGGGUGUGUUUAAGCACGCCCUCACCAGCCUGGGUUACCACCGCGUAGUGGAGAUUCCCCAAGGAGCCACAAAAAUCAACAUCACCGAGAUGCACAAGAGCAACAACUAUUUGGCCUUGCGAAGUCGUUCUGGUCGCUCCAUCAUCAAUGGCAACUGGGCGAUUGACCGGCCUGGGAAAUACGAGGGCGGAGGGACGAUGUUUACCUACAAGCGUCCAAACGAGAUUUCAAGCACAGCAGGAGAGUCAUUUUUGGCCGAAGGUCCCACUAAUGAGAUCUUGGAUGUCUACAUGAUUCACCAGCAGCCUAAUCCAGGCGUCCACUACGAGUACGUGCUCAUGGGGGCCAACGCUAUCAGCCCACAGGUGCCGCCUCACAGGAGAGCAGGGGAGCUCUUCAAUGGCCAGCUGGUCCCAGAAGGCGGGAGCCAGGCAGCGGGGGCGGAGAACGCAAGGACUGAGGAGGAGGGCCUGCGGGAGGCACCCGCGAUCUUCACCUCGGAAUCGGCCCAGACCUUCCCAGUCAGGCAGCCAGACAGAUUUCCUCCCCACCGACCGGACAAUUCAGUGCCCCCGCGGCGAAGCCGGGAUCACAACUGGAAGCAGCUGGGGACGACCGAAUGCUCGACAUCCUGUGGGAGAGGAUCACAAUAUCCCGUUUUUCACUGUGUGAACAGAAACACCCACGAAGAGGUUCCUGAGAGCUACUGUGACCCCAGCAUGAAGCCGACCCCCGAGGAGGAGCCCUGCAACAUCUUCCCUUGCCCAGCCUUCUGGGACAUCGGGGAAUGGUCCGAGUGUAGCAAGACCUGUGGCCUGGGCAUGCAGCACCGCCAGGUCCUGUGCCGCCAGGUGUACGCCAACCGCAGCCUGACAGUGCAGCCCUACCGCUGCCAGCACCUGGAGAAGCCGGAGACCACCAGCACCUGCCAGCUCAAGAUCUGCAGCGAGUGGCAGAUCCGGACGGACUGGACCUCGUGCUCGGUGCCAUGUGGUGUGGGACAGAGGACCCGAGACGUGAAGUGUGUGAGCAACAUUGGGGACGUGGUGGAUGAUGAAGAAUGCAACAUGAAGCUCCGGCCGAAUGACAUCGAGAACUGCGACAUGGGACCCUGUGCCAAGAGCUGGUUCCUCACCGAGUGGAGUGAAAGGUGUUCGGCAGAGUGCGGGGCCGGAGUACGGACACGCUCAGUGGUGUGCAUGACGAACCACGUCAGCAGCCUGCCCCUGGAGGGCUGUGGGAACAACCGGCCAGCAGAGGCCACCGCUUGUGACAACGGGCCCUGCACGGGCAAGGUAGAGUGGUUUGCUGGAAGCUGGAGCCAGUGUUCCAUCGAGUGUGGGAGCGGAACACAACAGAGGGAGGUGAUUUGCGUUAGGAAGAACGCAGGCACCUUUGAAGUGCUGGACCCCUAUGAGUGUUCCUUCUUGGAGAAACCCCCCAGCCAGCAAUCCUGUCACCUCAAGCCUUGUGGGGCCAAAUGGUUUAACACCGAAUGGAGCAUGUGCUCCAAGAGCUGCCAGGGGGGCUUCCGGGUCCGGGAAGUACGAUGUUUAUCAGAUGACAUGACCCUAAGUAAUCUCUGUGACCCACAGUUGAAACCUGAAGAGAGAGAAUCUUGUAAUCCUCAGGACUGUGUCCCUGAAGUUGAUGAAAACUGCAAGGACAAGUACUACAACUGCAAUGUGGUGGUCCAAGCACGCCUCUGUGUCUACAACUACUACAAGACUGCCUGCUGUGCCUCUUGCACUCGUGUGGCCAACAGGCACCUGGGGUUCCUGGGGAGCAGAUAAUGCCCCCUGCACUGCUGUCAGGAGGGCAGCACCCACCUGCCUUUCCCAGGGCUGUAAGCAGUGUGACUGGCUGGCUGCUGCUCCAGCCAACUUAGUUGCCACCCCGCCUUCAGGAAAGGGUAACGUGGUACAAAGGAGGCUUGUACACAGGAUGUUCUAAAGCCACAGCUGGUCCUUUAAGCAUCACCAUGGUCUGAUGCCUUCUCCUUGGGACAAGACACCUGCUAAAGGUGCUCUUUGAAAACCCAGCAGCUCUCAGCCAAAUCCCGUCCUGGCACUUUCCAAAUCAGCAGUUGGACCUGUGUGAGCACUGCUCUGCCACGGUGCUCCUGGCCUUUCCAAAGUUAAAGCCCCCUGAGUUGUCAGGGGAGGCAGCACCCCACCCCAGAGCCCCACCGUGCCUUGCUGAGACGCAUGCAUCCCUCUGGUACCUCAGCCAGCUGUGCCUGUUUUCAUUCUCAAAGACAUUAGACUUCCUGCCUUAAGACAUGAUGUCUCACACUAAUAUUGUGCUUAAUUGUUUAGCAGGUGUACUCACAGACGUUAGCUCAUUAGCAGCUCACAGCAUCCCAAUCGGAGGCAAGAAAUGGGUCAUUUUCCCUCUUUUACUGACAAGGAAGCUGAGGCUCGACUUAGGUGACUGACCUGCCAGGUAAAUUCACCCAUCUGGUGAUAGAGCUGCUUCCCUACUGAACCCUCUGACCAAAGAGCCCAGAGAACUCCCCUCAUCUGCAGCACCUCAACCCCAGGGCUCCAGGCGGUGGACACAGCUUCCUUUCUGACCAUGAGGCUAAGUUUUCCAUUCAGCAAGCAAAGCCUAGGCCUUGGAGUCCUUUCCUCCCACCUAAGGUCAAGUCUUUAUAUCAAUUGUUCCAGCUGUUUCUAUUCUUAUCCCUUUCCCCACAAGAUUACAGAUCCUAGCUGGAGUGCUCUGCCGGUUUGUUAAUCCCUUCCCAGAAUUGUCCCAUGAGGAAAAACAAAGAAACAAACAAACAAAAAAACACCAUUGGGGUAACAGGGCAGUUGCCUGAAGUUCUGAUUUCAUUCCCAGGUGACAUUUUCCUCCCGUGGAAUGUACAUCAGGGUCCCCCAGGCCAGGGAGCCUUCCUAUCCUGGGGCAGAUUGAGAGUGCACAGCUCUGCUGUCGGGGCUCUCCUGCCAUCUUCUAGCCUCCCAUCCUGGUCUCUUCACCAGACAUUGCCCAGUGGAAAGUCUGACCCCAGCAAGAGCUCAAUGUCCAUAUCAAGAAAUUCUCCCUUUGGUCCCUCCGGUUUGAUUUAGGGCUCGCAUCCCUGUCCUCCCCAUGGCUCAGCCUCUAUCUCCCCUCCCAGACUCAGCAACCAAGAGAGCCCCUCCCCUCGUGACUGCAGGGGCACUUGUCUUCCCUGAUUUACGUCACCUCACUAAAUAGUUCCAGACAACUCAGAUCUGAAGGAGAGAUGUAGUGCACACCGAAAGGCAAACCAACUAAAAAAUUGGACACACACCCAUAUACAUAAUUCUGUCACCCAUUAAGAACAAUAUCAGGUUGAACAAAUUGUAAACUUACAGAAAUUUUAUUUAGCACCAUGGUCAUGGACAUUUUUUCCAUUUUAAAGCAAGCCUAGAUUCUUAGCAAAUGAGUUUUUCCCAUGAGCUCUUUAACAUGAAAAUCUGCUAGUGGAAUUUGAUGAUCGGUUGCAGUUUUAUGAAGCAGUAUCAGCGGCCCCAUCUGACAUACUCCAGUAGGCUCCCAUCAACAUUGGGCCUUCAGAAAUUCCAUUUGGUUUUCCUGUGUGUGUCUUCCAGCCCCUCUGCCUCAAAAGCCCCAGCCAUAGUUCCCAAGAGCGCCCCCCUUUCUCCGAUUCUCAUGUAACUCCAUGCAGAUAAGCAGCCUGGCAGAGGCCCAGGUUCCCAUGCAGACUGAGCAAAAAGAGAGCAGAGAAGAAAAGCAUCUCAGUGGCUUCUGUCCAGUGCCCACUGUUUCCAUCUCACUGCUUGCUUUUGCUUUUUGUCACAAGAGGAGUUUUUCCUUUAUGCAGCUGCUCUCAGAUCUUGCUGAAUGACCAACUAUUUGAAGGAUUACUGGGAAAAGGUUUUCUUCCCAUGCUGGAGGGCAGGAUCCAUUAGUGGAAGUAGCAGAAAGGCUGAUUUUAGCUCAAGAGCAGAGCAAAUGUUCUAGCCACCAAGGCUGUCCAACAGAGGUAUAAGAAGGAGCUCUCUGUCUCCUAAGGGACUUCUCUGCCUUGCAUCCUGGGCCCUUCCAACUCAGGAUUUCCCAUGACCGGGCUUGGCAGGGGCAGCUUUGUCUCUGUUACCUCUGAGUGUCCUGUGGCUCCUGAGUGUUGUCUAACACUUCUUUAGAUGGACAGUGGUUCUCCCCAUGAGAAUGGCCAUCCUGCCAGUUAUGGAACUGGGGAGGAACUUAUCUGCAUCAAUCUAAACCUAAGGGUCUUUGCUUUUCUUCAACAAACAGUUGGGCUAUUCUUAGAGUUCACUCAUCUCUGAAAAGGUUAUAAAUUACCAGGGAGUUUAAGAGAAUCUCACUUUUUUUGACUCUCUCCCUUCAGAUAUCCCUAUGCACCCCAUUAUUUCACCCCUCUCCUUUUAUCUGCUUUUUCCUUCUCAGACCCUUUGAUGGUCCCUUAACUGCCCAUGAUGUGGAAUUCAAAUUUAUGUUUUAAUACUGUCCCCCCACCCAUCCAUGUACUGGAUUGUCUUUUUCCCUCCUCUUAAUUUUAAAAUAAGAGGAAUUAAAACUGUUUUUCUCACAAAAAUCACCAAAGCUCUGAUCAAAAAUAAUUGCUUUUUUACUUAUUGGAAAGAAAAAUUGUAGCCCUUGCAGCAUCAGCUUUAAUACAGUCCAUCCUUCCCAUCCUCACAUUUACUUCCAUUUCUCCUCAUAGAAAAGGAAUAGACUAAAAAUAUGGUCUGGAAAGUACUUGGCCCAGCCACUAGAGGGAGUCAGUUCUGUUCAGUAAAGGUGGGUUCGGAGCCCGCUGUCUGCAAGCUCGUCGGGGAACCAAGAGAGCAGAGCCUGAUUCCCACCCUCAGGCACUACAGCAGGACAGGAGCUCUCAGAGCUGUCCGUGUCCAUCCCGUGCCUUACUGCUCUGGUUCAGGGUUGUUUGUAUUUUGGUUUUUCCUCUCAAAACGUUUAGAAUUCAUGCCUUUAGAAUCCUUUAAAAGAGUGGCUUUACCACAAGAAUGAAAAAUGGGAAGCGCUGGUUUAACUUAUGUUCAACUGGUGUAACAGAGAAAUCCAGGUAUUACUAAUACCUUUUCAAACCAGUGUCUUUAAGUAUAUGUAUAGCCAAUUUAGAGUUUGAAAUCAGUUUUCUAAUGUGCAAGAAGAUAUAACUGUAAGUGGUAAAGAAACAUGACUUCCCUUAAAACAGGCUGAAUAAUCAAACCUGAAGGAAUCUAGUCUGACAGUUGGAGGCCAAAAUUUGAUCCUUGCCAUGUAAAACAUUUUAAAGUGGCUUGGAUAGGCAAUAGAUGCCUUACUGAUGAAAUCUGUGGAUGACAUGAAGCUGUAGAGCUAAUGGCUUGGAUGACAAGAUUCUGAUUCCAAAAAGUUCUGGGAGAUAGAGCAAACCCUGGAUCUUAGAAAUUCAUUGGAAACAACAUAAAGGUCCUAUCUUUGGAUUAAAAGACAAAAUGAGACAAACUAUGCAAGGACAAGGUGGGGAAGAUGUGUCAGUUAACUAAGCUUGAUAUAAGUCAAGAAAGUUGGAUGGAACCACCAAAAAAAAAAAAAAAAACACUAAACCAUGAAUUCAGAUUCAG